GUAGUUACAGUUCAGUGGCGCAGUUUUCUUUUGCAGAAAGAAAUUUAUGCCGCACAAUUUCGAGCUAAGUGUUUUCGGCAAAAUUUUUAAAGUAAAGAAACUUAAACUCAAGUUUAAUUUAUACUUCCGGGAACUAAAAAGUAGGAGUUAUAUAUAUUACAUUUGUUGGGACUUUGGGUAUCCGUGCGGUUGACCGUAACACGGUACCCAUGUGGAAAGUUUCCGUUCUCUCAUCUGUAAUUCUGCACAUUCUUUAGUGAAAUAUGGCUGGAGGAAACCAAGCUCGUGUCAUUCAGGUGACAAACAUUGCACCUCAAGCGACUAAAGAUCAAAUGCAGACAUUGUUUGGUAAUAUCGGAAAAAUCGAAGAAAUUCGCUUGUACCCCACUGUGCGUGAUGUAUCAUGCCCAGUACAAUCUCGUAUAUGCUACGUUAAAUAUUCAGAGAGCAACUGCGUGCCAGUUGCCCAACAUCUCACCAACACAGUUUUCAUUGAUCGUGCUCUCAUCGUUAUACCGGUGCUUGCCAUCCCAGAAGAAUAUCGUGCUUUGGAAAUGUCAAAAAACGGCACAAUUGUACCAGGUUUGCAGAAACCCGAUUCAAAACUUCCACCAGAAGUGGUUAAUCGAAUUGAGGGUCAAUCACCACAACAGGUUAUAAAAACAUACGAUCCAAAACUUUUGGACAACAAUUUACCGGAAUAUCCGGCUUUACCAUCUUUCUAUGACUCACGAAAAAUCGAGGAAAUACGUAGAACUAUAAUUGUUUGCGAUGUGAAGAAUGAAUGGCGUCUUGAUGAUUUAAUGGAAUGCUUCCAACGUGCUGGUGAAGUCAAAUACGCACGAUGGGCAGAAAAAGAUAACAAAACUUAUUGCAUGAUUGAAUUUUGCGAUCAGCCAAGUAUUAUACAUGCUCUUAAAAUGCAAGGACAGGAGUUUAAGGGCGGAUAUCUAAAUGUUUAUCAUUCUACUGAUUCCAUAACAAAACCAGAAGCAAAGUCAAACGAAGCCGCACAAGCUGAAAUAGAGGAGGCAAUGACUAUCGUUAAAGAAGCUCAAAAUAUGAUAUCGGCCGCGAUUGAUCCCGUUAUUGGUAUGCUAGCUAAGGAUAAACGUCGACGUUCCCGUUCACGUUCAAGGUCUCGUGAUCGUCGGACCAGUCGGUCACGUUCACACCGCUCCCGUUCUAGGCGUCGCUCUCGGUCUCGCACCCGUAAACGUUCGCGCAGUAAGUCCAAACGUCGUUCUCAUUCUCGAGGUUCACGUUCCCGCAAACGUUCACGAUCACGUAAACGCUCGCGCUCCCGUCGUAAGAGUCGUUCCCGCUCAAGGUCUAAGCGACGCUCGCGUUCUCGUGAUCGUCGGGCUAAACGUUCACGUUCGCGCCAUCGUCGCAGUACUUCAAGAACGCGUCGUUCUCGUUCACGUACAAAGCGUUCGAGAUCCCGGGAACGCAAGCGUUCGCAUCGCGCACGAGAGGAUAAACGUUCGCGCUCUUCGCGUUCUCGUAGUAAACGUCGAUCACCAUCUCUAUCAACACGAUCGCGUUCAAGCCGCAGUAAGGACAUUGUUCCACCUAUAAAAUCUUCAUCGUCAAAACGACGCUCCCGUACACCCGAUCGGAAGUUAAAACCUAUAUCAGAGGAUAUCGAAAUUAAAAGCACUCGUUCGAGUGUAGAUUCCAAGCCAAGGAAGUCUGUCAGCGUGGAAAAGUCAGAUAAUAUGGAUAUUUCAAAUUCACCAUAAAAAAGCAAAAGCAACGUUUCAAAUUUGACUAAUUACGUUACGUUUAAUUUCUUAAUACUUCUUAAGCAAUCAUUUAUAUUUGAAGUAGAAGUAAUACUUUGGCAAUCAAAGUUUAUAAACAUCAAUUUCUAUAUUCUCUGCUAUUAAACAUUUUGGUAUUUUAAGUAAUAA